AUGACCUUCUACAGGGACUUCUAUGACGAUGGGUGCCACUCCCAGCUUGGGUACGACGACCUCUACGGCUUCGGGGGCCAGAACGGCUUCAGAUUUGGGAGGCCCUUCAGCUACUCCUGCGAUGGGUUCCGAUAUGGGAGCCCCCACGGCUACAGAAGCUUUGGGAACCUGUAUGGGAACAGGGGUUUCCUUGGUUAUGGGGGCUCUCACGGAUAUGGGGACCUGUAUGGGUUUGGGAACGGGUACCCCUUCUCCUCUCACUUCGGGGGCAGGUUCUUCUGA